CGUCGGUCCUGCUGCUUUGAGAAAGGUGCGCGCGGGGAGGGGGCGGGGGAAAAGGUUCCGCACGGUGACGCAAUAAGGUGCCGUAGCCACAACAUCUAAAGGGCGCGUUCCGCAGUGAGAGUUUGGCACGACGACUGCAGUUCAUGUGGGAUUACCCUUGACAUUAAUUGCAAUGGGAUCUUUCCACUCAGUGGACACGAGUAACUAUUGCUCCAGGAAGCAGAAAGAGAAUGAUGAGGAUUUGUUGACCAAUAAAGAUCGAGAAGACGAUAUUGCCAAGUUUCCGUAUGUGGAAUUCACUGGGCGGGACAGCAUCACCUGCCCCUCCUGCCAAGGCACUGGCUGCAUUCCCACAGAGCAAGCUAACGAACUGGUUGCUUUGAUUCCAUAUCAUGAUCAAAGAUUAAAACCUCAAAGAACGAAACUCUACGUCUCUGUGUCAGUGCUGCUCUGUCUUCUGGCAUCAGGGCUGGUGGUCUUCUUUCUCUUUCCACAUUCAGUGCUUGUGGAUGACAAUGGCAUCAAGGUGGUUACAGUCUGGUUUGAUGAAAAAAACUCCCUAGUCAUUCUUUCCAUCACGGCCACCCUUCGGAUCCAGAAUUCCAAUUUCUAUUCGGUAGCUGUGACCAACUUGUCCAGUCAGGUGCAAUACAUGAACACUGUGGUUGGGACCCAACAAAUCAACAAUGUUACUCGUAUCCAGCCACUGAGUGAUCAGCUGGUGAAUUUCACCAUGAAAGCUGAAAUGGGUGGACCUUAUGUAUAUUUCUUCUGCACAUUACCAAAGAUCCGAGUGCACAAUAUUGUGAUUUUCAUGAGAACCUCAGUGAAAAUCUCCUACAUUGGCCACAUAUCUCAAAGUUCCUUGGAGACCUACAAUUACGUUGACUGUGGCGCCAACUUCACAGCGGCCCAUUCUGGCCCUUAACCCCCAAUUUUGGAAGAUGAAGCUUAAGAGAAGGGCAGCUACAUAUCCUGAUGAUCCUAACCAACUGGCUUCCAUUACUGUGUAACUUAUGGUGGAAUUUUGUGUCUUGUUUUGAGGAGAAAGAAGAGGCUGUUUUAGCCCUUGGCAAAAUGAAAAGGCUGGGCAUGUAGCCUUCCUUCCACAAUUUUGCAUGGACAGCUGGGCUGUGCCUUGAUGCUGAUUUGAAGAGGAUUUGUUUAAUCCCAGUCCCCACAUUCUCUUCAGAUGCUAGUUUGUGCUUUUCUUGUUAUUUCUCAUGGACUGACUUUGCUUCCUAAUAAGAUUUGUCAUGUUUGCAGGUUUUUCCAUUAAAAUUUAAGAAGGGACGAGUUUCUGAAAACAUUUGGCUGGACUACUAACCGUGAAACCUAUUUCAACAAUGACCUUCUGACAUAGUUACUGCCAGUAAGGGAGCUAUUGUCCAAUUGUACAAAGGGAAAUAAUCUUGAAUACGGUUCCUGUGUACUCUUUAAAACUUCUGUCUUGCUUAUUGUCAGAGAAAGCAAGAAUAUGUAUCCACUGAAACAUCUGAAUGUAGCAAGUUGCACUCUUUAUAUGUGAGAUUUCUAUAAAUAUAUUGUCUUUUCAUUGAUAUAACUUCUAAAAACUACUUUCAUAGUUCUGUGCACAGUGUUCUAGAGAGCACAUGACUGAAUUAAGAAUUCUCACAUUUGCUGAA